AUCAGCUGUGCUGUAUGAUUGCAGAAACCCACAAGAUAACCAUCGAAUAUGGCGGUUUAGUGGUGAGGUUGAAAGAGUAACCUGGAAUCAUUUUUCACCUUGUAAUUUCUUAGCAAGCACGGAGGAUGGCUUUGUGUACUGUCUGGAUGCUCGUUCUGAUAAGCCACUGUUUACUCUGAAAGCUCACGAUGAAGAGGUGUCAGGGCUACAACUAAGCAGUCAGAUCAAAGGGUGCCUUGUGACAUCAUCUGCUGACAAAUACGUGAAAAUCUGGGAUAUUCUGGGAGACAAACCAAGUUUAAUCCAUUCCAGGAAUAUGAAAAUGGGUGCUCUCUUCUGUGCAGCUUGCUGCCCUGACUUCCCGUUUGUUUUUGCCUUUGGAGGACAGCGAGAAGGGCUGCGUGUUUGGGAUAUAAGCAAGAUUUCUGCAGUGAAUGAAGUUUUUGGCAACAGAGAGAGACAUGUUCUGGCUAGUGCCAGCUCUGUGGCUUGCAACUCCAUGGCUGGCGGUAGCAGCAACGAUUCAGAGACAGCGAUGGAAUCAUGAUGGACCCAAGAUCACAAAAUCAAAGUAAUUAAUGGGACUCCGACUAAUGUGCAUUCUGCAAAUACCCGUUUGCUGAGAGUUCAGAAAUUACUUGACUGUCUUGCAGUCUGCAGGCUGCUUCAUCUCAGACAAAGAAACAUGGUGACAUGGUUAAGCUCUAACUCAACAGUUCUAAGUUCCUGCCUCUUACUACUGGCUUUGAAAGAUCAAAGCACUUGCUUUUGCCUG